CACCUUCUCCACAUGCAGUUGCUCCAGUCUCUCCCAUACUGAGGCUCAUAUACUCACUUCCAUGCUGAAAUUAGUGAGUGAAGAAAAUUGAAUGGAGAGGCUGAAAGAGGAGGCAGUGGAGUAUGCACAAUGAGGUUGAAUGACUUGCAGAAGGUCACAUCGCCUGAGAUGGAGCUAGGAGCCGAAUGGGACAUUGUAUAAGAGCAUGGUAGCUAAACAAGGUAUGCUAGAAAAUUUUCCGGAUGAAUACAGAGGAAGGAUCAGAGUAGGCUGUUAAAGUUGACAAGGUAUUUUGAAUAAGGUCAUUAUCCAAGUGUUAGAGGUGAUGGAUCAUCUUCAUAGAGGGGAAUCAGUUGCUGCAAUACUCCGUAACCGGAGACGGAGACAGUUGUCUUUAAAACAAGCCGAUUUCAAGGAUAUAUUCAAAAAAUCAACUCCAGGAUCUCUAGUGGAAGAGGAAGACCAACACAUGAAAUUGUCCCUUGGAAGCAGCGAAAUGGGUCUCUCAUCCCAUCUGCAGUCUUCCAAGGCAGGAACCACACGCAUCUUUACCAGCAAUACCCACAGUUCUGUGGUGUUACAGGGCUUUGACCAGCUUCGACUUGAAGGAUUGCUUUGUGACGUGACUCUGAUGCCAGGUGACACAGAUGAUGCCUUUCCUGUGCAUAGAGUCAUGAUGGCCUCUGCUAGUGAUUACUUCAAGGCUAUGUUCACAGGUGGAAUGAAAGAACAAGAUUUAAUGUGCAUUAAGCUUCAUGGUGUGAGCAAAGUCGGCUUAAGGAAAAUUAUUGAUUUCAUUUAUACUGCAAAGCUUUCUCUCAACAUGGACAACCUUCAAGACACACUGGAAGCUGCCAGUUUCCUACAGAUUCUGCCGGUUUUGGACUUCUGCAAAGUAUUUCUCAUAUCUGGGGUCACUUUAGACAAUUGUGUCGAAGUUGGUCGGAUUGCCAACACCUACAAUCUUACAGAAGUGGAUAAAUACGUCAACAGUUUUGUUUUGAAGAAUUUUCCUGCAUUGCUGAGCACCGGGGAGUUCUUAAAACUCCCUUUUGAGCGUCUUGCCUUUGUGCUUUCCAGUAAUAGCCUUAAGCACUGCACUGAACUUGAGCUCUUUAAGGCUACCUGUCGCUGGCUACGUCUAGAAGAGCCUCGGAUGGACUUUGCUGCAAAACUAAUGAAGAACAUACGAUUUCCACUGAUGACACCACAGGAGCUCAUUAAUUAUGUGCAAACCGUGGAUUUCAUGAGAACUGACAAUACUUGUGUGAAUCUCCUUUUGGAAGCCAGCAAUUACCAAAUGAUGCCAUAUAUGCAACCAGUGAUGCAGUCAGACAGGACUGCCAUUCGGUCUGACACCACUCAUUUGGUCACACUAGGAGGAGUUCUGAGGCAGCAGCUAGUUGUCAGCAAGGAAUUGCGCAUGUAUGAUGAAAAGGCCCAUGAAUGGAAAUCGUUAGCCCCCAUGGAUGCUCCAAGGUACCAGCAUGGCAUUGCUGUCAUUGGAAAUUUCCUCUAUGUCGUUGGUGGACAGAGUAAUUAUGACACAAAAGGAAAAACAGCAGUUGAUACAGUCUUCAGAUUUGAUCCUCGAUACAAUAAAUGGAUGCAAGUUGCAUCUUUAAAUGAAAAGCGCACCUUCUUCCACCUAAGUGCCCUCAAAGGAUAUCUGUAUGCAGUUGGUGGGCGAAAUGCAGCUGGUGAACUGCCCACAGUAGAGUGUUACAAUCCAAGAACAAACGAGUGGACCUACGUUGCCAAAAUGAGUGAACCCCACUAUGGCCAUGCUGGGACUGUGUAUGGAGGAGUAAUGUAUAUUUCAGGAGGAAUCACUCAUGACACUUUCCAAAAGGAGCUGAUGUGCUUUGACCCUGAUACUGACAAAUGGAUCCAGAAGGCACCGAUGACCACCGUCAGAGGUCUGCACUGCAUGUGUACGGUGGGAGAGAGGCUCUAUGUCAUUGGUGGUAAUCACUUCCGAGGAACAAGUGAUUAUGAUGAUGUCCUGAGCUGUGAAUACUACUCACCUAUUCUUGACCAGUGGACCCCAAUUGCUGCCAUGUUAAGGGGGCAGAGUGAUGUUGGGGUUGCCGUCUUUGAAAACAAAAUCUAUGUGGUUGGGGGAUACUCCUGGAAUAAUCGCUGUAUGGUGGAGAUAGUGCAGAAAUAUGACCCAGAUAAAGAUGAGUGGCAUAAGGUUUUCGAUCUGCCUGAGUCCCUUGGUGGCAUCCGAGCUUGUACGCUCACGGUUUUUCCACCCGAAGAAACCACACCAUCACCUUCUAGAGAAUCCCCUCUUUCUGCACCUUAAGAUCAUCCCUCCAACUAAGAUGCUGUAGUCCUAUCUUUGCAGUGUGUCAUGAAUUCUCUUCUUUUGCCCCCCCUUUAGUAGUGUAUGUUAGGAUUAGCCUCCAGUAAUUGAUUCAGAUAUUGGGGAAAAAAAGACAACAUUGAUGUUAUUGUGCUGUUUGUUUGGCUUAGAGUGUUUAUAAAGUGGUAACAAAACCAUUCUGGAAAUGUAUCCCAUUGAAGCUGAUGUUUAACAUCAAGAUAGUGUCUAUAAAAUGUUUCUUCAGUACUUUUUUGAUGCUGUGUAUUGGGUGUAUGGUAUUUGUCAUCUUACAUUAGAAAGCCCAAUAAACCAAUGCAAAGGUGGAUUAUAGUAAAUGUACGACUGUGCUAACUAGGCUUCAAAGUAAAAAGUUUUCCUUUCAUCUUUGACUGUGAGAUGUCAAAGGGAGGCAGCUUGCUCCAACAGGAAACAAUAGACAAAAGGUUGCCAACUCGCAUGAGCUACCUCCCUCUUUUCAUAAAGUAUUUUUGACAUAUCUGUCAACCCACCUGUCUGUGUGGGUGCAUUGAAAACAUAGGAAGUUUCUUAGACACACAGGAGAAAUAACUGAAAUUCACCAAUAUUAGU